AUUUCGCCGCUCGUCUUGCAUUUCCUGUAUCUCUCUCCUUCCAUUUCCGCCUUGAUAACCUCAUUCGAUGGAAGCGCUAUGAAAGCACAAAUACACGGUAGUUAAACAUUCUCUCUCGACCAAUGGCGUUUCUGCGCAAGGCAGCCUAGGAUCGACGCGCCGCGUUAGUCGCAACGUCGUAACUGUAACAAUUUCGGACAGUUCAUUCCUCAUUUUCACGCUAUUAUGGAUUCGUUAGCGAAUUACGCUAGUGACGGAGAUAAUAGUAACAAUUCGGAAGAUCCGAAGAUACCAUAUGGGAUGCAUGACGACACCAAUAAACGGGCCAGUGAUGCUAACUAUGACCCAGUACAAAUGGAUAUGAGUGAGGUACAGUGAAAUUGAAUGUUUGCACAUGUUUGUUUGUAAUAAUAAGUACAAAAUGUUACAACAAUCACUAGGAAUAUGUGGUAUCUUUAUGGGGGCUGUACAUAUGAUGACUUUAUGUCGUACCUGAUAUAUAAAAAAGAAUGGUUUAAUAUUUGGAGGUCAUUUAAUAUUUUUGGAGGUCAUGUCAAAACCAUGUAAAUAAAAUAUAAUUUCACAAUAGCACUCUUAUUGCACCUAUAUUUUGUAUUGAACAUUUAAGCAGAAUUUAAAAAGCUAUUUAUAUUUGAAGUAAAAAUUGUUUCAUAGUGGUCUCACACAAUUUCAAUUAAUUAUUUUUAACCAUAAAAAUGCUGAUGAACAUAACACAGUAUAUAUAAUAUAAUGGCAAUAGUUUUUUUUAUUAUGACUCAUUUUGGAGUUAAUAACUAAUACAAAUCAUAUUAUUUACAUCAUAUUAUUUACAUCAUAUCACUAUGAUACAAUAUACUCUUACUCUUUAUUAUUUUUACAUCAUCUUUUAGUAUUUUGUAACAAUAUGGUUAAAACACAAUAAAUGUAAAAUUCUGAGAAGUUUGAGACAUGACCUUAAAGCCUGAUUUAUCACGUGGCAGAAACAAUGAGGGUAGAGAUUGAGAUAUUUAAAAUUUAAAUAAUAAGUAAAUGGGAAUAGUGCCAUUUCGUGAGAAAAUAUUAACACGUAGCUCUGUUGGUAAUACAUGAUACAAUAUCUACGCACCUCGGCAAGGUCUAUGCUGUGUGAGGGUCUUUCAAGACUACCCCAAGUCCUAUUCAGAAGACAGAGGCGAUCUGAUCAUGAGAAUCAUACAGCAAACUCAAAAGACGAGCACAAACGAGGAGAUAGAUCUGACCGUAGUAGACACAUGAACGAUAAGGGACGACGACCGUCGUAUGAUGAUAGAAGGCAGCGAGAAACCAGUCACAGAGACAGAGACAUAAAGAGGAAUCGUGACGAUGACAGAAAAUCUCGUGACGAUGAUAAAAAGAAGGAGAAAAGUUCUUUGGGAUCGAGUAAGGACGAGAAGAAUGACGACAAGGAGAAGAGUGACAAAGAUCAUCACUACCGCGAUGAUCGAAGGGAUCGAAACCGUGAUAGAAGCGAUAGAGAUAGACGCAGGGAUAGAGAUAGAGAUCGAGAUCGUCGGCAUUCUAGAGACGACAGAUCGAAAGACCGGUAUCGGGACGAUCGAUCCAAUUAUCAUAAAGAGAAGGAUCGCGCAAGAUCUAGAUCUAGAUCAAGAGACCGAGCUCCGCCACCUUUUAGAACAAUGAGCUACAGGGAAGAGAAAGGCAGAAACAAAUUAGCUCAAUUGGAGAAGUUAGGAAUCGAACUUAAAGCACCAGAAGGUGACAUUGCUACACCCGGUGUUCAAAACGAACAGAAUUAUUAUAAUCCUUUGGCCACAGCGACGCAAGGAAAAUACGCAGAGCAAAUACAGAAGAGGAAACUGUUAUGGGCAAAUAAGUCGAAGCAGGACGAAGGCAAAACGUCUACAACAGCUUCCACUGCAAACACUUGGGUGGGAACGACGUUUACUCAUGACCAAGAUGGAAAAGUAACAGCAAAGUUUAAACGAUUAAUGGGCAUUAAAGAUGAUUUACCAACUACUCCGGCAGUCGGUGCUAAACCAGAUAUAUUAAAGAAGCAAGAAGAGAUGUUUAAUAAUAUGGAACAACAGUACGAGGUAGCACGCGCUACUACACACACGCAACGUGGUGUUGGACUUGGUUAUGCUAGUGGUGGUUAUCAAUUUCCCCGAUAAAAUGUGGUGAAACCUUUUGGACAAUGAGUUUAGGAUUAAUAACGCCCAGCAAAGGUGCAACUGGAUUCUUUUUCUGUUGACAUAUAAUCUCGUCAGGUCGAUUAUGAAGCAGAGUUAUUAUUUUGAGGUCGUUAUAAAUAGAAACUAUAGAGAGUUACUGCAAAAAUAAUAAUGCUUAUAUAUAAUAAAAGAUACGAAGGGUAUUGUUAUAGUUGUAUAAUUAUAUUGUAAACAUUGAAAGAAAAAAAAUAAAUUUGUUAAAAAUUUGGGAGAAGAGCUUUGUAUUCUCGGCUUGACGAUGAUUAUUUUUCAUUAUCUGUUCACGGAUACGAAAGGUGAAGCAGACGAUCUUUUUAUGCUACGAAUGUGCUUGCAACACCAAUUUAUAUUAUAAUUUCACAUUGUAUCUAUAUAUUGUAUGUACAAAUACAUAAGAGGUUCAUUGACACAGA